AUGACGUCGAUGAAUCGUGACGUCGUCAGCAACUACGAGGCGAAGAUCAACGACUUGAUGGCGAAGAUGAACGAAUUAAAGUGCAUAGCUGAGAUCCUGGAGAGAUCGGCGCAGUUCAAAGAGCUUGGCAAUGGCAACGGCGCUCAGAUGGUUAUGUGUGAGGAUAACUCAUACUCGGCGCGAACGCAAGGUUCCACAUCUGAUACAUUUUGGCACUCGGCAAAAGAACUACCUUUUGACAUUGCCGAAUUCGAAAGCUUGCAGACGCUUUACGAGAUACGAGCGACUGAAGAUGAAAUUGACCGAAUAAAGGAGCAAGUCAUGGGAGGCCAGUACUCUGGAAGGAUUCCUUUGGGGCAGUCAGAACAGUUUUUGUACGAGCUCCAUCAGAUAUGCCACUUUCCCGACAGAAUGGAAUGUUGGCUCUACACAAGAAAGUUCAUGGAUACCAUGUUUGCCAUAGACGACAAGCUAAAUGGUAUAAGGCGAGCUUGCGAGGAAUUGCGAGACUGUGAUGCGCUGCAUACUAUACUGCGGCUGGUGCUAAGUUUCGGCAACUAUAUGAACGGGUCGACGCAGCGCGGACAGGCAGACGGGUUUCAGCUCGACAUCCUAAAAAAGCUCAAAGGAGUCAAGUGUACAUUUACGGAUGAUCGAGAUCUAAACCUCCUGCAAUAUACGAUAAGAGUGUACACCAAGAUGUACGACAAGUCGAAUAGUGACGCCCUCUUUCCGAAGAUACCGGAUCCCAAGCUGAUGAAAAUAUAUUCAGAGAUAUCUUUGCACGAUAUUCACGGAGAGAUCACCGUGUUACGCACGGGGCUGUACUGCACGCAUAAGCAAGUAUAUAAGGUGUGCGCCGAGAGCGAGCCCCACCUUAUGCAGCCGUUCAAGGACAAGAUGGAACUGUUCCUCGAAAUAGCUGAAGACACGGCAAACUUCAUCCAACACAAACUCGAAGUGACGACGGCUAUUUUCAAGAACACUGCCGCGUACAUGAUGUUCAAAGUCAACGGCGAGGAUGUGAUGCCACACGAUUUCUUCGGUACCUGGGCAAGCUUCUGUGAAGACUGCAUACACUACUGGAAACAGGAGAGAAGAGAGCAGGCGCGAGAAGCUUUCGAGCGAAGCCACGUAAUGAGAAAGAAGCGGAAAGGAAUUCUACGAUCUAAACCUUGCGCCAUCGACGACUACGGCGGCUUCCCGUACAACGAACCGCGGUCGGACUCGCCGAACCUCGCCGACGCAGACGACGUCUCUGCCGACGACGCGAGACCGCUCGGCACGUGGACGCCGACGCCGCAUCGGCCGCCGGCCGAGAGAGACGUCGGCCACCACACGCUGCCGACGUACAAGCCGAAGAAGCCGCCUCGGCUAGCGAUACGCGAAUACGAGAACGACGAGUUCGUGCGAGCCGAGACGCAGUACGACAAAGUGCAAUACCACCGCGGCGCGGCGGCGGCGGUGGACGAUGACGAUGGCACUAACGGAUACGGUCGGCACGACGCCGUACCGGACGUGACGUACCACGCGAGCAGGCGCUACGCGGAUCCGGCCGAGGCUCCGCCGCGGAGGUACCAGGCGACGGAUGAGGUCAUCUACGAAGAGCCGGGAAUCGUCCGCCAGCCGGAGUCACAGGUCGUCGACCAUUACUAUUCGACCCCUGUGCACGUGCUCGGCGACGCGAGCCCGCUGAGAAAGAGCGAGGACAAUACGAGCGACUACUACAGCCUAGAGAAGUCGAAGCCUUAUCCCGUCGUGACGAGAGAUAGCUUUAUACAGGCCAGCCCCAGCUCGCACGAGAGCAGCAUGAGCGAUACAAGCACGACAGACAGAGAGCAGUACAACACCAUCGCGCGGACGCCGCACGAUGGCAGGCGCAACGGCGAACAACAACAACAACAACAACAACAACAACAACAACAACAACAACAACAACAGCUACUACUACACUUGCCUCAAUAUUACGCCUCAUCGUCGGGGAAACUACACGAUGCCUUAUCAAAAGGAUAA